CACUAACACAACAAAAACAGUGUUGCAUUGAUUUUUCUUAUGCUUAUUAUUAAUAUUUAAUUUGCAUUUUGCAUAUCUCCCAAAACGGUUAGAAAUAAAGUAGCAAGCUACAGCUUUUAUAGUACAAGCUUCAUUAUACAGAUUCAGUGAGGUUUGGCAAGCCGAGGACUUCUGGUCGGUUAACAUGACCUCAGUAUGUCAUGUCAUGUUGUAACUGGCUCUUAUUUUUGGAUCCGUUUCAUUUCUUCAUAAAACAUUAAAACGUGCAAUUAAAGUGAUGAUUUUGUAUUUUUGGUGAGAUAACGUCAAAUGCCAGGCUGGAUCAAUGAUUCUGAUAUCAUAAUGAAGAAAAAAACUCAUUAGAUGUUUCAGAAAAGAAAACCUUGUUAAGCAGUUGGGCACAUAAUAUAAUAAUAUUAGAUACUAAUAUUAGAGCAUCCAGACCCUCAUUACAAUGUCUUUAAGUUUCUAUAAUUAUCAAAAAUUAAUUUGUGCAAUUCCCCAAAUCUAUUAGUAUUAGUGUAAUAAUAUUACCUUGAAAAAAUCAUUUUAAACAAGCAAUAAAUAAAUGUCUUCUAUUGAUGGUAUUGUACAUUUAGAGUAAUUAUUAACAUUAGCUGUUUUUCAAAAUCACACUAACAUGAAUACAAAGGGAACAUUUCUGAGAACUUGAUGUGUACUUUUCACUAGUUUUAAUCAAUUUUUCCUUUCUUCAUACUCUUAUUUGUAAUUGACCCAUAAAUUUAAGCUUGUUUGCUUUGUUGCACUGAACAGAAGGGACUCGAUUUAAUGUAAAAGACUUUGGAGUUUGGAACACAACAAAGCACAAAAAUGUAAAGUUCACAGAAGAGCAGUUCUGUGUAUGGACACAUGUGACUCCUCCUCUCUUUUCCUAAAGGUGAUAAAACUAAAAUAGAAAAAAAUUAAUCCCAUUAGAAAUAAAUUAAUUUUAUUGACGAUAUGUCAGAAUAACCUCAAAUAAAUUCAUCUGAGUGGGUUGUUUUACACAAAUUCAAAGGACUGUAACAAAUUUGCAUAUGAAAGCCCAAAAACUCAUUAAUAUGCUCUAUGUGUUUUCAUCCAAAGACAUUUCACAAUGAACAAACUUUUUGCCAACUUAACCUAAGAAAAGAACUUCACUACGAUUAUAUCCCAGAAACUCAACAUACUCAGAGCAUCAAUCAUAAAAAUAAACACAUAUCUGAAGUUUUUUCAUUUGGAGAAUUGUGAUGGUGCCUCAUGGCCCAUUCAUUGCUUCAUUCUGUCCUCAUUAUGCCAAGAACCAAGCAUCUUUGAACGGUUCAUACCAGUCCUGCAAUCAGCAUGAGCACCGGCACUCAAAUACACCAGCAAACUGAUCCAACCAAUAACCAACUUGGAAAAAGCUCGGUCUGUUCACCCAUGACAGAGGUUUUGCAGCAGGAUGUUGGGACUGGAUUGUCAGAGAAAAAGAGCAUUGAGGAGGUUCUGGCAGGUGCAGAAUUGGCCCCAGCCCAAUCCCUGUGGACUACAGAGGCCAGCGGAUCAGUUCAGCUGAGAAUGGAUGAACUUUGUCCAGAACAGCCCAUCACUGUGCAUCAGAUGUUUACCAACUCAGUUCAGAAGUACAGGAAGCUGACCGCUUUAGCAAGCAAAAGAGGAAACAAAUGGGAAAAAGUUACUUUUUCGGAAUAUUAUCACCUCAGUCGAAUGGCUGCCAAAAGCUUUCUAAAGCUUGGUCUGGAGCGUUUCCACAGUGUAGCCAUCCUGGGAUUCAAUUCCGCAGAGUGGUUUAUUGCUGCCGUUGGAACUGUCUUUGCAGGGGGUAUAAUGGCGGGUAUCUACACCACAAACUCACCAGAUGCCUGCCUCUAUGUUGCUAAAGACUCAAGAGCCAAUGUCAUUGUUGUAGAAAAUCAAAAGCAGCUGGAUAAGAUUUUACAGGUAAAGGAUAAGCUUCCACACUUGAAAGCCAUAGUACAGUAUUCUGGAUCUUUGAAGGAGAAGUUGCCCAAUCUCUAUUCGUGGGAAGAGUUCAUGGGACUAGGACUGGAGGUCUCUGAUCAAGAACUAGAUGAAGUCAUCAGUAGUCAGAAAGCCAAUCAGUGCUGUGCACUUAUUUACACAUCUGGGACAACCGGAUCACCAAAAGGAGUGAUGUUAAGCCAUGAUAACAUCACAUGGACAGCCCACCAUGCAAGCAGAGCUGGAGAUAUACAGCAGGCUGAAAUCAGGCAAGAGUCUCUGGUCAGCUACCUUCCUCUCAGCCAUAUUGCCGCCCAGAUCUAUGAUCUCUGGACAGGGAUCCAGUGGGGGGAGCAAGUUAACUUUGCUCAGCCAGAUGCUCUAAAGGGGACUUUAGUAGACACUCUUCGAGAGGUAACCCCUACAGCCCACAUGGGCGUUCCUCGUGUUUGGGAGAAAAUUAUGGAAAAGAUCAAAGAAGACAUUUCACGGUGUGGAUACAUGAAAAGGAAACUGGUGACAUGGGCCAUGUCUGUUAGUCUGGAGGCUAAUCAAAGGCUUACGAAGGAUGAGGAGAAGUCAUUCCUGUUCACUCUUGCAGACAGUUUGGUCUUGCAGAAGCUUCGUGCUGAGCUGGGCUUCUCCAAUUGUGUGAAGUUCUUCUCGGGAGCAGCACCUAUUGGAAGUGAAACUCUUCAGUUCUUCCUCGGCCUCAACAUUCGGCUGUACGAAGCCUACGGGAUGAGUGAAAGCUCAGGACCCCACUUCAUGUCUGGACCUAAAGCAUACCGAUUUUCAAGCUGUGGUAAAGUGGUUCCGGGCUGCCGAUACAAACUAGUAAACGUAGAUGCUGAUGGCAUUGGAGAGGUGUGUUUCUGGGGCCGUAAUGUCUUCAUGGGAUUCCUCAACCUGGAGGAUAAAACAAAGGAGGCUUUGGAUGAAGAUGGAUGGCUCCGGUCUGGAGACAUGGGAAAGGUAGAUGAAGAUGGCUUCCUUUACAUCACUGGAAGAAUAAAAGAGCUUAUUAUCACGGCUGGAGGAGAGAAUGUUCCCCCACUUCCCAUAGAGGAUGCUGUAAAACAGGAGUUGCCAAUCAUCAGCAAUGCCAUGCUGAUUGGAGACAAGAGGAAAUUUCUGUCCAUGCUGCUAACGCUAAAGUGCACAAUCAAUCCAGAGACUACAGAACCCACGGACAUUCUUAGCUUGGAGGCUGUGGAAUUCUGUCAGCGGCAUGGUAGCCAAUCGACAAAGGUGUCAGACAUCAUUGGAGGAAAAGACAAGAUAGUGUACCAGUCCAUUGAAGAGGGCAUCGCACGGGUCAACUCAAAAGCAACCUCAAAUGCCCAGCGCGUUCAAAAAUGGACCAUAUUAGGGAAAGAUUUCUCAAUUGUUGGAGGAGAACUAGGUCCUACAAUGAAACUACGUCGCCCAGUGGUGUUGCAGAUGUAUCAAGAUGAAAUAGAGAGUUUUUACAGAGAAUAGACAACCUCGACAGGCUGCAUCUCUGUUGAAGAUACGGUUGCUUUUUUAGCCAAUCAUAUUGUUGAAAUUAGGUUUUUAAUGAUUUUAUUAUUUUUUUUAAUCUAACAACACUAAGUGCCCUAUUUUUUUAAUAUCUACCAUAAACAUACUGUUAAUUGUCUUCCAUGUAAAUUGGAUACGUUUAAUAUUCCUGUACGUUUUGAACAGAUCUUAAAAAUAAAUUUUGAGCUUUGUCUAUGGA